AUGACUUCCCAACUGUCCGGACCCACCGCCAAUGGAACCCCCAUUGGGACCUUUAAGUCUCCAGCUGCCUUGCUCGAGGAGCAGCAUACGCGGAGUGACCCUCACCAGGUCACCGUCGAGGAUGUCCCGGAUGAAUAUGAUCUCCAGCACCCCUUGCCAUCUGCGUCUGCGGCUGCUGGAACAUGCCCUGGAGACACUGCAAAACCCGCCUCAGAUGUCCCAGCUACCUCUGCACCCGCCAAAGAAAAGCCGUCCUCCGAAAUGCCCGCUUCUUCGACCGUAAAGCCCCCUCCUCCGAAGGUUCCGGUUUUUGAUGUGCGAUCUGAGGAGCUGUUCCCGGCGUUGGGUGGAGCACCGAAGCCUCGAACUCCGGCUGCCCCUCCAAUUGCUUGGGGUGCCCGGAAAUCGGCCGGCAGGAAUCCAUCACCAGCCAACGGCCUGUCAAAUCUCGGCCAGCCUCCAUCCCAUAUCUCAUCGAGUAACACUUCCUCGCGGACCUCGACCCCGACAUCCGGGUUGGCCACUCCUGGAUCCAUGUCCAUGAGCGCGGUCCAGCCUGGCUCCAUUAGCGGUCCCAAGAUUAUGACAUUGCCGGGCAAACACGUGGAGCGAAUUCGCUUCGCUCCCUCACAGAUGUUACCUCGUGGCCAGUUGAAAAAGCCCAUCAGGGAUAUUCUGAGGGACACCAGCAAGCGCUCAAGGGCCAUCGUCGAUAUGCACAAUGGCCCAGGCGAAUCGAUUAUCUUUGAAGGCAAGGGAUCUGUGGAAGCCGUUCGUCAGGCACUUAAGGAAGUUGCCCAACAGGUCGGUUCUAAGCAACGUGUGUCUGUACCCAUUCCAGCUUCUGCGAGACCCCAUAUAAUUGGCCGACAAGGCGCAGUUGUACAGGGCAUCCAUGACCGGACAGGUGCUCGAAUCAAUGUCCCUAAACCACAGGGGUCACUCUUUUCCGAUGAGGACGACGAUAGUGUUACGAUCGACGUGGAAAUUGAAGGAGACGCUGUUGCUGCAGAGAUGGCAAGAAGAGAGAUCGAGGCUAUUGUAAAGGAGCGAUCGUCGAACAUAAAUUUGCGACUGAAAAAUAUCCCCCCCGAGUUUUUCCCUUUUAUUGCUGGCGCUCAUAACGCGUAUCUAACUGAGCUCGAAGAACGUACAAAGACGCAGAUUCGAGUUCCCCGUUAUGAUACGUGGUCACGACCACCCCCCCCAGAGGCUGCUGCUGGCCAAGUCAAAUUUUCCCCAGACCCAGACAGGCAUAUUCAAAUUUCUGGUGAGCGAAGCGCCGCACAACAAGCCCGUGCUGAGAUUGAGCAACGCGCGGAAGAACUACAGGGUCAAAUUACUCUCCGACAACUGGCCAUCAAUCGCGGUCAACAUCAGUUCAUCUUGGGCGAUCUUAAUAAUUCGUUGCAUGAGUUCUUGGCUCAGACUGGCUGUUCAAUAAUCCUACCUCCUGCUAACGACGAUACUGAAUUUUUGACCAUCACAGGCCCCCCUGACCAGAUAGAAUUUGGAGUCAAUCGUGCAAUGGAUCUGGCUACUAGCAUGCAAAUGGCUAGUAUUGAUGUAUCUAGACAGCAUCCUGCAGCUCCUUCUGGGCCCCAUGUGCAUGCCCGGGCUCUCACCUCGUACCUGCAGCAGCGACAAGCCAUCAAAGAGCUCGAAAGGUUAUAUGAUGCCCAUAUCGUCAUCCCCUCUUCCCUAGACGGGCCAGUGACUUGGGAGGUAUAUUCUCGAGAUGGGAAAAAUACUAUUCGUGCCCGUUCCGAUAUAGUAAACUUGAUCCAGGCCCAUCCUCCAUCCAAACUUGCAUCUUUACUGAUUGAUCCAUACUUUCACUCCUACCUUCGGUCUCGAAUUGGACCUGAACUGAAGAACAGUUUUGGAGUACAUCUGAUUUUACCGGAUGACCCAGAUACAUCAAACGUGGUGCUGGUGUACGAAGGCCAGGACUGGGUUGCUGGAGUACAUGAACUGCCAAGACGCCGCCCAUCAAUUAGCGAACUCGCUCUUUUUGAAAACGCUCUGGCCGAGGCGAAAUCACAUCUUUUCACGUCAUUGGGAGAUCAAAACGACGUUUUGGCUAAAUCAAUUAUGGUACCAUUGAAAUACCAUGAUAAACUCCGCAGAUUUGUCGGCCGGGAACAGCAAAAAGAAGGUGAAGACCAUAUCCCCAUCUGUGUUAGCGCUACCGGGGAUGAGAUACUGCUUCGUGGCCGUACGAGCGAUGUCGAAGAUCUCGCGUUGAAAAUAAAAGCGUUUGUUCUGGAGCAGGAAAAAGAUGAUCUCGAAAGGGGUUACAUAACGUCUUUUGCUUUCCCGCAAAAGUAUGCAAAUUUUCUGAUUGGCAGAAGGGGCGAAAAUAUCAAUAAACUCCGAGAGGAAUUCGACGUCGACAUCAAAGUGGAAAAUGGCAAAGUCGAUGUCAAGGGCCCUAAAGCCAAGGCUGAUGUUUGUCGAAGUCGAAUUAUUGCAUUGGCCAAAAGGUUGGAAGAUGAGGCCACCUACAUAUUGAAAAUUCCUCAACAUUACCACCGUGAUUUGAUUGGGCAGAAGGGUAGCCAGGUGAACCGCCUGCAAGAACGUUAUAAUGUUCGCAUCCAGUUCCCUCGUGCCUAUAGCAUCUCCGGGCCUGAGGACCAAUCUGUCACUGACACCGCAAGCGAAAUUGGAGGAAACCGAAAUCCUCGUCCAUCCCAAGCCCCUGAUGAGGUCAUCGUUCGCGGCCCGCGCAAGGGCGCAGACGGAGCUCGAGAGGAAAUCUUAAGUCUUUACCAGUGGGUUGUUGACCAUUCUCAGACAGAUUUGGUGUCAGUCGCGCAAAGCCAAAUCCCUUCGUUAAUUGGCCAAAAGGGUCGCGAAAUGGAUCAACUUAGAGCUGAAACUGGAGCUCAGAUCGAUGUGCCUGCUGCCAACAAUGCCCCCGAUGCAGCCGGAAGGGUGGAUAUCAAGCUGAAGGGGACGAAUAAACAGGUUGCAGAUGCAAAAAAGCUGCUGCUUCAAAGAGCACAGGAGUUCGACUCAAUCGUUGUCAAGACAAUCGAAGUGGACAAAAAGCACCACAGGGCACUUAUUGGUGGCGGGGGUGCAACUAUUCGUAAAAUCGUUAGCGAUGCUGGUGGCCCAAACGAUGGCAGUGCGUCUAGGAUAGUGAAAUUCCCUCCUCCUGACAGUGACGAGACUGUUAUUCGCUUGGAAGGAAACGCCGCAAUUGUUGAAAGAAUUGUGGCCGCCAUCGAAGAGUUCGUUCGAGAAAAGGAUGACCAGAUCGUAACAGCGAUUGACGUCCCCCUAACGCUGCAUCGAUUUCUAAUCGGCCGAGGUGGAGAAACUCGACGGAAUUUGGAGAGCCAAUUCAAAAUUACACUUGAUGUUCCAAAGCAAGGGUCUGGUCGCAUGGACAUCAAAAUAAAAGGGCCCAGCGGUGCAGUCGAGAAGGCAAAAGCUCAUAUACAGUCUCUAAUCAGGGAGCAGCAUGCCGAGAGCGUUCAGGUGCCGCGCAAUUUGCAUCAUUCUGUCGCCGAUAAUGGCAGGCUAUUCCAUGAUUCGUCAACAAUUUCUGGUACACAUUCUUGGAAAAUUGUCGAUGUCGCUACUGUCGAAUCAACUGACGCAACAUCUGCCAACACGAUUCCGUGGGUGCUUUCCGGAACGCCAGAAAAUGUGGCUAAGGCAAAGGCAAUCAUCGAAAUGGCUCUUCAGACCGCAUCGCGGCAUUCCGCUACUGGAUACCUCAUCUUACCAGAUCCGAAAACAUAUCGACUUGUUAUUGGGCCGGGGGGAGAUAAAAUAAAUGAGAUUCGGAAACAAACGAGUUGUAGAAUCAACGUGCCGAAGCACCAGACACAGGGUGAAGCUAUCGAGAUUAAAGGGCCAAAGGACAAUCUGGAAGCAGCCAAGGACAUGAUCUUAGAGGCUGUAGCAGUUGGCACACGAGGCAAUGGUGCCUCCCAUUAA